AGGACCGCUCCGAUGGUACGCUCUCACACAGAGGAUAACGUCUCAAACUGUCGACCGAGGGGGUUCUUAUCCAGGCGGAGGCAUCACGAGUGUGGAUAGACAGACACCGCGAUUGCUCUUCGGCGCUGUUAGGUUUAGAGUUCCAACCAUGGCUUCCUGCGCCACUCACUCCUCCCUCAUGCUAACGUACGCCGCCCCCACCCUUCACUCGCAGGACCUCCUCCCGCCCUCUCUUGUCUCUUUCAACAGCUUCACCGCCUCCCUCCAUCGCCCGCUUCUUCUUCUCAGCCGCCGGAGAUUGGCUUCUCAUAGAUCCUUCCGCAUCGUUGUUGCCGCCGUGGCUUCCGAGGCUGACGUCUCCACCGACGACGCGGAAGAGAGUGACGCCUCCGCCUCCGCCUCCGCCGUCGUCGCUCCGCCCAAGCCCAAGAAAGGGAAAGCCGCUUUGCCUCUCAAGAGAGAUAGAACAAGGUCUAAGAGGUUUUUGGAAAUCCAAAAGCUAAAGGAAACGAAAAAAGAGUAUGACCUGAAGACAGCUAUAUCUUUGCUAAAACAAAUGUGUAAUGCAAGGUUUGUGGAGUCGGCAGAAGCGCAUUUCCGUCUCAACAUCGAUCCAAAAUACAAUGAUCAGCAGCUGCGAGCAACGGUGAAUCUGCCUAAGGGAACUGGGCAGGCCGUUAAAGUGGCUGUUCUUGCACAAGGUGAGAAGGUCGAUGAAGCAAAAAGUGCAGGAGCAGAUAUUGUUGGUAGUGAUGAUCUGAUCGAACAAAUAAAAGGAGGGUUCAUGGAGUUUGACAAGUUAAUUGCAUCCCCUGAUAUGAUGGUCAAGGUUGCUGGCCUGGGAAAGAUUCUUGGUCCUAGAGGACUUAUGCCAAAUCCCAAGGCUGGUACCGUGACAAUAAACAUUCCUCAGGCUAUAGAAGAGUUCAAAAAGGGUAAAGUUGAAUACAGAGCUGACAAAACCGGGAUUGUUCACAUUCCCUUUGGGAAAGUUGAUUUCUCAGAGGAAGACCUUCUCAUAAACUUUCUUGCAGCAGUAAAAUCGGUGGAGACAAACAAGCCAAAGGGGGCAAAAGGAGUGUACUGGAAAAGUGCCCACAUUUGCUCAUCCAUGGGACCUUCCAUCAAGUUGAACACGAGGGAGAUGCUUGAUUACAAGCCCCCAGCCAACAACGCUUGAUUAAAGGCCGAGAGCUAACCGCAUGUAAAAAUGACGUGCUGAUGCUGUCACUUUGUUUCUGGCGGGAGCAUUGGUGAAAACACCGUGCAAAGUCUUACCUCAAGGUGGCACUGAAAGGAGAUUUUUGGGAUGUGGGAUUGUAUUCGCUGACUGGUUUUGUUUGCCCUAGGAGAGUUCUUGUAUGGCGAUUUGCUUCAUUUCAUUGUAUAUUUAUUAUUAAUGUCUUCAUCUUUGGUGCA